AUGAGUGAGCCAGCAAAAACAAGAAAGCAACCUUCGAGAAAGGGUAAGAAAGCAUGGAGGAAGAAUGUGGACAUUGAAGAUUUGGAAACAAAACUUCAGGAAGUUAGGGAUGAAGAAAUUAUCAAGGGACCUUCACCCCAGGAUGAUUUUGUCAUUGAUGAAACACCCAACAUUAGUUUGAAAGAGCACAAGGCAUCAAGGAAACUCAAAACACAUGAGAUUUUAACCAACAAGUCCAAAGUUCCUGCGUUAAUCAAUCAUCGUGCAAAGAAGAAUGAAACAGUACAAGGAGUGAAGAAAACAGAAAUGUUGAGGUUGUUAAAGUUACGCGGUGGAAAAUACAAGGAUGAAAGCAAAACCAUGGCAAGAAUCGAACAAGACGGCUUGAUAAAUGGUGACAGUGAAGAUCUUUGGGAUGAUGAUAGCUCUAUCAAACAGAAAUCCAAAAUCCCCGAUUAUGGAACAUCCACAGCUGAAGUCACCAAAGCAACUGUAGUGCCGCCAACCUUGCGGGUCAAACCUAUACAGAUCACCAAGAAUGAUUUGACAGAAAAGUCGGUACAUGCAGGAAAAUCAUACAACCCCUCGUUGGAAUCGUGGAAGGAGUUGAUAAAUCAAGAAUAUGGUGUGGAGUACAAGAGAGAGUUAACUAGACAGUCAAUGGAGGAUCACAGAUUGAAAAUACAAGAGCUCAUGGUUAUUUUGAAUGAUAACAUGUUAUCAGAUGACAGUGAUGAAGAAGAAGAGAGAGAAGCCGACACAAAUGAUGGUGGUGAAAAGGAUUAUUCCUUGUCAAUCAAUAAGCCAACGAAGAUCAAGAUUAAAACAAAGACAAAGAGAAAUAAACAAGCAAAGCACAGGGAAAGAGUCAAAUUAGAGCAAGAAAUCAAGGGCUUGAGAAAACAAUUGAAGGAUCUUUCUAAUUUGGAUGAAAUUCUACAGAAGCAACAAGAAGAGGAAGCAGAGACUAAAUCAAGGACAAAACCUUCUGAGAAACCAAGAAGUUUAAAAAGGAAUAAAUUGCACAAGUACACCCCUGUUGAAACACCAUUGGAAUUGAAACUAUCUGACGAAUUGACGAGUAACUUGAAAAACUUGAAACCCGAAGGAAACUUAUUUUAUGAUCAAAUGUUGAACUUGCAAUCAAGUGGAAAGAUUGAGAGUAGAGUACCCGUUCAUAAAAAGAGAAAAUACGCCAAAAAAGUCACUGAAAAAUGGACCUACAAGGAUUUCAAAUAG